AGGCCAUUUGGUGUUUUUCGCGUUCCUCCGCAUCUCAUUUAUUCCCCAACAGAAUACGACCUAAAAAACGAGUACAACACGAACACAGAAGAUGCGGAGAAGGAGACGAAUCUUAGAUCAUUAAGGCACGACAGGCACAGGAUAAUAUCUUUUUUGAAUUUUUAAUUGAAUCUACAAGUUGUAUUCAUAGUCAUUUACAUUUUUCCCGCUGUGUCUGGCCGCUGUCUUUGGAAUGAUUCUGGGUGAUGCCAAGCUCGUCUAAUUAGAGAUGAAGGAAAUAGCAAAGUGAAGAGCAGUCCUAGUACCGAAGCAACUCCGAAAUAUUCCUCGAAAGCCUGGUCCGACGCUUGGCAUGCCGCUAACCUCUCCUCCGAUUUGGCGUCCAGUUCCAUCAUUGUUCGGUGCCCAUCCGCAUAUCUGGGCUCUGCGAUAGUUGUAAGACGAGCUAUGACAACAUUGAGAUGAUUGACAGGAAGAUGGAAAAAUACUUAGUCAGUGUAAGUACUCAAUUUGAAUUUCCUAGCUAAAACAACACAAAAGGGGCAGCACCUUGCGUCGACCUCAAUGUUUUUUUUUCUGGUCAGAACAGCGGAAAAGUAAAAACAGGCACUUGCACCAGCCUCUUAUUUAAGUGGAAAGUACCUACUUUCUUAGAGCUAGAAGCUUCAUGAGGCAGGAUGGCCUAGUAGUAGUUCUAGUUUCUUGAGAACGACAGUACAGGUGCACUUUUUUCCUUUCAUCCGAGCUGGGCCGCGUGUAUAUCACAGCCACAACACGAACAUGAGGAUGCAGAAUCCUGCAGAGGA